AUGGUACAUCCUGGAUCAGUAUUGAUGACUGGAUCAGCAUUGAUGACUGAAAUGAAACAUCCUGGAUCAGUAUUGAUGACUGUUGCAAUUGGUUUGUCUCAUAUAGUAGAACAUAAUCCAAUUUCUAACUUUCACAUUCAUGGCACUCCCGGAAGUGGAUGGAUGCGACGUGCAAAUUGGAAUCAGAUGUACCUCUUCCUAGCUAAAGGUGGAUGUUUAUAUAAAAUUUUUCUAUUCCUUAGAAGCCUUGAAUACAUUUUUUCAUAUUUUUCCCCCCUCAAUACCGAGUCGAUCGGCACUUUCCGAGCGCUGUUGAUGGCUGCUCAACCAGCCACGUCAAUGUUUCUGCCACUCCCCAGCACUCCCCUCAUGCCUUCCACUUGUCGACUCGCCCUUCGUCGUCGAUGCGAAAUUUUGGUUUAUCAUACCUACGGCGCCACCACCAACUGGUUGACGUGGUACGCCAAUGGGCGUGCCACGUCGUCAACGACGUUCAAAUCGACGACUGCCGUGAUGCCAGGACCACAUAGCGACCGCCCUCCCUCGACAACGGCUGUUGACAACUACUACGACCCAUGUUGUCUUCACUCCUACAAUCGACGUGGUAACUAA